AUGAGGACGGGAGGCCGAGGACAGGAGGAGGGGAGACAGAGGAGAGACAGAGGAGAGACAGAGGAGAGACAGAGGAGAGACCGAGGAGAGGCCGAGGAGAGGCCGAGGAGAGACCGAGAGGAGGCCGAGAGGAGACCGAGAGGAGGCCGAGAGGAGAGGCCGAGGAGAGACCGAGAGGAGGCCGAGAGGAGACCGAGAGGAGACCGAGAGGAGGCCGAGAGGAGGCCGAGAGGAGACCGAGAGGAGACCGAGAGGAGACAGAGCAAAUAA